AUGUGCUUGCGCUGGCUAGGUUGGGGAUCUCAUCAUGAUGUGCGAUCUAACAGUGGUGUAAGUGUUGCUGCGUUUUACGCCUCAAUUCAUCAAAUCGUGGAUGGGAUAAUAGCUCAUCCCGAGCUACAGUUUGAGUUUCCUACUUCUGAGCCGGCCCAACGUCAUGCUGCCAAGGCGUUUGAGCGACUAAGUAACUCUUGUACCAUAAAAGGAUGUGUUGGCGCUGUCGAUGGGUGGCUUUGUCCUAUCCGAGUCCCACAGAAAAAAAGAGGUUUCCAGGGUGCGAUCGUUCUUCUCUGGCCAUUAUCAGCGGUACGGUGUAAACGUUCAAGCUUGUUGUUAUCAUCUAAGUCGGUUUACCGCCGUAACGUGCUCAAGUCCUGGUGGAACUGGUGA